AAAAGAAGAAGUUUUCAAGAUAAGCAAAAGAGAUUACAAACCCCUAUAAGAAGCCCGCUCUGAUAAUGCGGCUUCACUUAUGGCAAACAUGUCUGCUUCUGUCGUCUGCUUCGUUCUCUUCCUCGCUACAACCGUGUGGGGCCAAGGGGCACCAGAUAGUCUGCGGUUCCUGGCGGUUGGCGACAUAGGGGGACAGACGCUCCCUCCUUACACAACUCACGAAGAGAUAGCCACCGCUGUUGAGAUGACCAAGAUUGCAGACAAGUACUCCCCACAGUUCGUCCUCGAGCUUGGAGACAACUUUUACACCUUUGGAGUUACCAGUGUAACCGACAGGCGCUUCAACGAGACGUUUGAGAAGGUCUUCAGUGCCCACUCAAUGCAGAUCCCGUGGUAUAUAAUUGCCGGAAACCACGAUCAUUAUGGCAACACUGAGGCACAGAUACAGUAUUCCCACGUAUCGUCACGCUGGCAUUUUCCGUAUUACUACUACCGUUUCAAUUACACUAUUCCCAACUCCGACAAGGUCGUCGACUUCGUCAUGCUGGACACCAUUCUGCUCUGUGAAUCAAGCACCCCAGCCCACGCCCCCACCCCCGCCCAGCAAAUGCAGUUUUUAGAGAAUGCCCUUCGCUCCAGCCAAGCCACUUACCUGUUCGUGGGCGGCCAUCAUCCUGUCUACUCAGUCGGUUCCCAUGGCCCCACAGCAUGCAUUGUCAGCAAAGUGCUGCCCCUUCUGUACAAGUAUCAUGUCAAUGCCUAUUUUUGUGGCCACGACCACGACCUCCAGCAUCUACAGACCACCCACGAUGGCGUGACGGUCGACUUCAUCGUCUCUGGUGCCGGCCAUGAAGUGAGCACCAGCACCGCCCACCUACACGCUGUGCCCUCCGACUCGCUCAAGUUCCACUGGGCCGACUCGCACGCACCGGGGGGCUUCGUGUACGCGGAAACGACGACCGCCCACACGACCUUCUACUUCAUAGACUCCAACGGAAAGAGCCUGUACAGUACCACCCUCAGUCCUAGAGUCCCACCUGCUGACAUUAUCGGUUAGCUGUGAUCAGUUGUGGUAGAUCCGUACUGUGACUGACCUCGCACUGUGUGAUGCUUCCGGUCAUCCCUGUCAGCUUGUCGGAAGCUUGAUCUUUGUAGUCUGGUCAGUGACAUUAGGAUUAAAUAUUUAAUAUCGUAA